AAACGACAAGUGCUUUCCUCUGACAAGUGUGAAAGAACAGUUUUAAAGUUUUGCAAAUUAUAAGUACACCGCAGAAACGGCAGUGAUAAAGAUUUCGGAAAAAUACCUUCAGCCACGGGGGUUACCAUGGCUUCCGUAGUACAAUUCGUCGCAUUUGUUUUUUUGGUAAUAGCAACUGCGGCCGAAUCCUGUAGAGUCGAUGCCGAUUGUUCACAACAUCAGUACUGCUAUGAGACGUCAAAAAAGUGCGUCAACUAUACCAAAUGUGCCUCAUAUGACAGGCGGAAUGGUUCAACACAAGCCCGCGAUGCCAAGCAAUGCGGUCCUUGUCUUCCUGGUUUUUCCGCGGAAGUCAACACGGACGGCCAAGAGGCAACUACAUGCAAAAAAAAUGACGGAAAUCAGUAUCCGUUUAACAUGACUGCUCUGAUAUGGGGACUAAUCGGCUGUCUCAUAUCUGUUAUAAUCAUCAUUUACCUUACACACCUUUGGAUUAAAGUGAAAUGUUGCGAAAAAUGUUACUCGGGUGAUCUCGAAUGUGCAGUUUCGGUUCUAGAACCAACUGCACCUCCUGCAUCAGCAAACAACAAUAAUUAUGGGGAUAUGUAUAAUGAACAACGUAUACCGCUGCAAGCAAAGAAAUCUACUGCUUAUCCCGGUGCUAUGAUGGUGGAUAAGCCAGUAAAGGCGCAAGCCUGUCAUCCUCCAGAUUGGGUUAAUGCGGAUCCAAAUUAUGAUUCUCAAGAAAGCCCGGCAACCCUAACAACGAAUUUAGAAAUACAAGAAGAAGAAACCAUCCAGAGUGUUUGGACGCCUGGACAAACUACUUCGACCAUUGUUGCCGACAGACCCUUUGCAAGUAUUUCCGCUGAACAGGCUGAGAACACAAUGAAUAUGACCCUAGACCUUGUUACUCGGUGUCCUACCCCUUCAUCGUCCGGCCAAGAACGUAGAGAAAAUAAUGGGCCAUCGGCCACACCACCGCGUCCUGAACAUAGUAACGCUAAUCCGAAUCCGCCCUCUGCCACAUUCAUUUCGGCCAAUGUCAACUUGAAUGUGAUAAACUCGGGAUGCUGCUCAAGCAACCAUAAAUGAAUUAUUUACUGCCGACAAGCCGCGCAAGUUGUUAUUAUAUGCAAUUGAUUGUAACAGGGCUUUCGAUAUUUGGAAUUUUGAAGUCUAGAUCAUCAUCGUUAUGUUAUUUCUAAAUUUUAUCAAUAUUUGAGGCGGGGGGGGGGGGGGGGGGGGGGGGGGAAUCAUUUGUACAUGCCAGCGUAUAGAUUUCAUUCCGAAUGUAUUCAUAAUUUCAAAUAAGUUGAAUAUUGUUCAUGAUGAGAAUGAUGUUGCACUUUUGAAUUGAAUGAAUCGAGAAAUUUAUCAGGAUGCAGUAGUGAAAAUGCGUACAUAGUUUGUUCUUAUUUUUUUUUUUUUCCUUUCGCUACUGUGUCAAAGAAAUUAUUACUUGAAAAUUCACCACAUUCCUGUUUUUUAGUUCCCAUGUUUAACUCAGAUUUCUGAGCUUGGAACAUGAUUGAAUUAUUUUUACGAUAAGUCGUUAGUUAUUUAUUUAUUGCUUUGUACCAGACGUAAGAACCGACUUAAUAUGUAUAACAUCACAUGAACAAAAAUUUUAUGUACCAUCAAAUGGUAUAUGAAAUCUAUAAAUAAUUAACAUUUAUGUGAUGAAUUAAGUUGAUACAUUGAUUAUUUGCUCAAAUCAUCGUUGAUUGCUGUUAGAUAUUGCAUAAUUAAGAAAUUCCUUCCACAAUUUUUUUUUUUUUCAAUUGAAAAUACUUUCCACGAUGAAUGUGUGGAAAUAAUGAUCUCAUGUGACGCAAGCCAGAUAAAUGAGAUGUGACAUUUUAUGGCCUUGUGUUAGCCACUAUUAAUAAUACGUAGCUAAAUCCUAUUACAAUUACCAGUGCAUAAUUUUACUCAUUACUCGCGAUCAUGCGUUCUAAUUGUUCAAGCAAGAAAGGAAAUUGCGGUCAUGUUUUCCUUUCCUGCUACGUAACGCAGGCAAAAUUGACGAAUCAGAUCAUUGCAAAUGAUAUUAUAGUCGGUUGACGUUCAAAAUAUUAUGAUGAAUAAAAUAAAUUUGGUUAAAGAAAUAAAAAGUUUUUAAUUAAUUGUGAUUCGAAUUUUCGCCAGAUAUUUUACCUUAUCGUCGAAAAUUCAGUCAUCGGAUUCUUUUCAGUUACCAUUUUACAGUUUUGCUUAUUGUUUAACAUGAUCACUGUAUUACGGUAAAUAACAAUUCUAGGCUGAAAGCUUUGAUCUGCGAUUCGCGAAGAGUCUGAAGUAAAUUUAUGAAAUCAUACUUAAUUAUAUGAGAUUAGUGUGCCAUAUGUUAAUUUGAUGUAAAACUCAUUCUCCUGGUGACCACUUUUUUUGAUGCACUGAUUUUUUAUACUACGAAACAAGAAUUCUCACAGGGUUUGAAUUUUUACGAUAUAAGGUGAAGGAAGAAUUCCGUGGCCAUGCAAGUGUAGGCAUGAUAUGUUGUGUGUGUAUUAAAAUUUAUAAGUUAAUUGAAGUAAUGACGUAAUAACAUAAUUUAAUUAACUUUUCACCGUCAUUUCGACUGAACAUUAGCUCCUAUGUACCGUUACACGUAUUUUGGAAACUUUGGAAUAACUCUGAAUAAAUCUGUACGUGGUCAUAUUGAAUCUUCCAAUGUUUUAACAUUUUAACUGUCAAAUUUAUAAUCGUUUAUUGAUAUGUAAGAAAUAAUUAUUAAAAUAAUUAUGCAAAACGAAAAUGAUUUCACCUCUCUUUUCCGCGUUGAAUGAUUGGUGACCUUAUUCGAGAAUUUGGAAAGAACUAAAGCU